AUGCGGCGAGUCCGCGCUGCCUCCAGCUGCGAGACACCAGGGACGCGGGGGCGUGAGGGGGCGGCGGAAGCGGAUGCGCAGGACCGCGGCGGAGCGGCGCUGAGCGCUGAGCACUGCGCCCGCGGGCGGCGGGAGGGCGGUGAGAGGGCGGCGCGGCAGCAGGCGCGGGAGCAAAGCCGCUACUUCUUCUUCUUCCUCCUGUCCUGCCUCCUCCUCUUCUCUGCAGCCCGUCCUUCCUCCUCCGGUCUUUUCUCCUCCUUCUUUUCUCCUCCUCCCGCUCCGCCGCCGCCGCCCCCCGCGCCGCCCCCCAUGCUGUCGCUGUGCGCGGGCGCGGCUCGCAGGUCCAUUGGGCCACGGCUUGUGUUGAGAAUGACAUUAGGAGCAGAAAUUACUAGCCAGCUCAAGGCUUCUUCAUACAUAGCAGCAGGACGAAACCUUUUGAGAUGGGACCUGUCUCCAGAGGAAAUUAGAACAAGAACAGAAGAACUUAUCAGGAAGACAAAACAUGUAUAUGACAGCAUUGGGAUGCUUGAAAUUGAAGAAGUAACACAUGAAAAUACCAUACGGGCUUUGGCAGAUAUAGAAGUGGAAUAUGCAGUGGAAAGAAGCAUGUUGGAUUUUCCCCAGCACGUCUCCCCUGACAAAGAGAUACGCUUAGCAAGUACAGAAGCUGACAAAAAACUGUCAAAUUUUGAUGUGGAGAUGAGCAUGAGAGAAGACGUGUUUCAGAAGAUUGUUUAUUUACAGCAAACCUGUGAUCUUGAAAAUGUAAAGCCUGAAACAAAGCGAUAUCUAGAGAAAUCUGUUCAAGUGGGGAGAAGAAACGGACUCCAUCUUCCUAAAGAAGUGCAGAAAGAAAUAAAGACAAUGAAGAAAAAAAUGAAUGAGCUAUGUAUAGACUUUAACAAAAACCUGAAUGAGGAAAACACAUUUCUUGUAUUUUCUAAGGAAGAACUUGAUGGUCUUCCUGAUGACUUUAUUAACAGUUUAGAGAAGACUGAGAAAGACAAAUAUAAAGUUACCUUAAAGUAUCCUCACUAUUUUCCUGUUAUGAAGAAGUGCUGUGUUUCAGAAACCAGGAGAAAAAUGGAACAUGCCUUUAACUCAAGAUGCAAAGAGGAGAACACAAAAAUUCUGCAGCAGUUACUUCCACUAAGGGCAAAAGUAGCAGAGCUUCUUGGUUAUAACACACAUGCCAACUUUGUCCUGGAGGUAAACACUGCCAAGAGCACAGAUAACGUAGCAACCUUCUUAGAUGAUUUGAGUAAAAAGCUAAAGCCUUUGGCUGAGGAAGAAAGACAAUUCAUUCUAGAACUGAAGAAGGAGGAGUGUAAAGAAAGAAACUUUGAUUAUGAUGGAAGAAUCAAUGCAUGGGAUCUUCAUUAUUAUAUGAGCAAAACUGAAGAGCUGAAGUACUCCAUAGAUCAGGAAAAACUGAAGGAAUACUUUCCAAUUGAAGCUGUUACAGAAGGCUUACUGAAUAUUUACCAGAAGCUGCUGGGACUUGAAUUUGAGCAAAUAGAAAGUGCUCAUGUUUGGCACGACACUGUUACUCUUUAUACAGUAAAGGAUAAAUCAACAGGAGAAAUGCUAGGGCAGUUCUAUUUGGAUCUUUACCCCAGAGAGGGAAAGUAUGGGCAUGCAGCCUGCUUUGGUCUACAACCCGGCUGUCUUCUCUCUGACGGCAGCAGAUUGAUGUCUGUAGCUGCUCUGGUCACCAACUUCACAAAGCCAGUGUCGGAUCGACCAUCAUUGCUGCGACACGAUGAAGUAAAGACUUACUUCCAUGAAUUUGGUCAUGUAAUGCAUCAGAUAUGUGCGCAGACUGAUUUUGCAAGGUUUAGUGGAACUAAUGUGGAAACAGACUUUGUGGAGGUACCUUCACAAAUGUUUGAAAACUGGGUGUGGGAAAAAGAGCCACUACAACAGAUGUCAAGACAUUAUAAAGAUGCAACUCAUGUUGGAGACACUCUCCUGGAGAAACUUGCUGCCUCUAGACUUGCUAAUACAGGCCUUCUAACCCUCCGUCAGAUUGUUUUGAGCAAAGUUGACCAGGCACUGCAUACACAGCUGUCUGUUGACCCAGCAGAUGAAUAUGCUAAAUAUUGUAUGGAGACUCUAGGAAUUCCUGCCACCCCAGGAACAAACAUGCCGGCUACUUUUGGACAUUUGGCAGGUGGUUAUGAUGGUCAAUACUAUGGAUACCUGUGGAGUGAAGUUUUUUCUAUGGAUAUCUUUUAUAGCUGCUUUAAGCAAGAAGGAAUAAUGAAUCCAAAAGCUGGGAUGAAAUACAGAAACCUCAUUUUGAAACCUGGAGGAUCUUUGGAUGGAAUGGAUAUGCUACAAAAUUUCUUGGAGCGUAAACCAAGCCAGAGAGCUUUCCUAUUGUGUAAGGGAUUACGUGUUCAGUGAAGCUAUGAUUCUUUGGUAAUGGCAUAAAGUAUGGAAUCAGCUGGAAAUGUCAGUGUAUUUCACAUUGUAUCACUCUAGGGAAACUAGGUCAUUUUUUGAUGAUUUUUGAAAUUGUAUAAAUAAAAAUGUGACUUUUAAAA